AAGACGCAAACCAAUCAAUACUGCAAGUGCAAGUGCUCUCGACUCUCGAGCGUAGCUAGUAGCCGAGCUCGCCAAUGGCUUCCAGCCCGAGCCUCCCCGCAGUGGCCCUUGUUGUGGCCCUCAUGCUAGUCCUCGGAAGCGGCACUUGCCAUGCGGCUCGCCGGCUUGCCGACGGCACGACGGCGCCGGCCGCCGCACCAGCUGCCGUCCCGGGCAUCCCGGCCCAGCCGAAACCGACGUUGCCGGCGAUCCCCACGCUGCCAUCAAUACCUGCCGUGCCCGCGGUAACCGUGCCGCCGAUGCCUGCCGUGCCCGCGGUGACUCUGCCACCGAUGCCUGCGGUGACCGUGCCGCUGAUGCCUACCGUGCCAACGGUGCCCGCGGUGCCUACCGUGCCGAGCACCACCGCGCUGCCGCCCGUUCCGGCCGUCGUCGUGCCGGCCGUGCCCAAGGUGACGCUGCCACCAAUGCCGUCGGUUCCUGGCAUCCCGAAGGUGACGCUGCCGCCGAUGCCUUCCAUCCCCGGCGUGCCAGCAAUGCCCUUCCUCGCGCCACCUCCAAAGGCCUAAGCAAGCCAUGUCAUGCACGUAUGCAUGUCUGCUUGUGUGUUCAUUGUUUUGUUGUCCACGCAGAUGUUGUGUUUAGUUGUGCACUGUUGUUUUUCUUUUGAUGGCUGCUCCCAUACUUUUGUGUAAUAUUUUGCGAGUUGAUUUUGUCAUUCUGUAUGUAU